UGGAGUAUAUAAGCGCAUGUUUCGGAAUUCAGCACAUUUCUUUCUAAUUUAAAAACUACACAAUGAACACCAAACAGUUUGUGUUUUUAGUCAUUAUUUAUCAAUAUACAUAUUGGACAGGAGUUGACGCUAUGGAGGUGCCCAAACACUUGAUAUCAGGUGUAAAGAAAUUGACUAAUAUAUGCCUAAAGGAAUCUGGUGCCACCGAAGAUUUAUUCAAAGAAUUUACGGAGACAGGAGAAUUGCCUAACAAUCAAAAUUUGAAGUGCUUCAUGCAUUGUGUAUUAGACAAAAUUGGAUUGAUUGAUGCUGAUAACAUCGUGCACUUGGAUAAUCUCAUUGAAAUAAUGCCACCCGACUUUGUGCCGAUAAUUGAACAGUUAAACACUACUUGUGGCACAAAAAGUGGCGCUGAUGGCUGCGAAACGGCGUUUUUAACAAUAGAGUGUUAUAUAAAAACAGAACCAAUAAUAUCAAAAAUGUUGUUUGUAAAAUUCGCGAAAUGAUAUUGCAAAUAAAAAUAAAUAAAUAAAUAAACAGUAAAUUUGAAAAGUUAAAAA